CAUAAGCUUCCUGCUUCCCAUAAACAGGCGUCAACGAAUAGCGGAAACAAGUCAACAAACAUGACGAAGAGGAUUGCAGUUGUUACGGGGGCCAACAAAGGGAUAGGAUUUGAAAUAUGUAAGCAGCUAGCUUCAAAUGGGGUGAAGGUGAUAUUAACUGCUAGAGAUGUGAAGAGGGGCAGUGAAGCUAUUGAAAAACUCAAGGCGGCUGGAUAUUCCGAUGUGAUUUUUCAUCAACUUGAUGUGGUGGACAAGGCUAGCAUUUCAUCUUUUGCAAAUUUCAUCAGAAUCCAAUUUGGGAAGCUUGACAUAUUGAUAAAUAAUGCAGGGAUUACUUCAAUUAUCGGAAGCUUGGAGACAGAUUAUGAGCAAACUUAUGAAACAGCCUCGGAUUGUAUAAGAACAAAUUAUUAUGGGAUGAAGCAAGUGAGCAAAGAACUAAUUCCACUUCUUGAAUUAUCCAAUUCGGCAAGAAUAAUAAAUGUCUCCUCCUCCCUCGGAUGGCUAAAGAAUAUCUCAAAUGAGAAUGCAAGAAAGGAGCUAGGAGAUGUAGAUGGCCUCACAGAAGAGAAAGUGGACAAUGUGGUGGAAGGGUUCUUAGAAGACAUCAAGGAGAAUCUGAUACAAGUCAAAGUCUGGCCUUCAAAUUAUCCUGCUUAUAUUGUCUCCAAGGCAGCUCUAAAUGCUUACACAAGGGUUCUGGCUAAGAAGUACCUCAAUAUUUCCAUUAACGCAGUUACUCCCGGCCUAGUCAAAACGGAUUUGAAUCGAAAAACCGGGGGCGUGUCUGUUGAAGAAGGAGCUCAAGGUCCUGUCAUGCUGGCUUUGAUGCCAGAAGGUGGACCUUCCGUAUAUUAUGAGAUAAGAAUAUGUCAUAUAAUAUUAUUUUCUUUGCUUUUGCAUUUGUUUCAAACUUUUUGCUUCAGGAUUGCAGUUGUUACGGGGGCCAACAAAGGGAUAGGAUUUGAAAUAUGUAAGCAGCUAGCUUCAAAUGGGGUGAAGGUGAUAUUAACUGCUAGAGAUGUGAAGAGGGGCAGUGAAGCUAUUGAAAAACUCAAGGCGGCUGGAUAUUCCGAUGUGAUUUUUCAUCAACUUGAUGUGGUGGACAAGGCUAGCAUUUCAUCUUUUGCAAAUUUCAUCAGAACCCAAUUUGGGAAGCUUGACAUAUUGAUAAAUAAUGCAGGGAUUACUUCAAUUAUCGGAAGCUUGGAGACAGAUUAUGAGCAAACUUACGAAACAGCCUCGGAUUGUAUAAGAACAAAUUAUUAUGGGAUGAAGCAAGUAAGCAAAGAACUAAUUCCACUUCUUCAAUUAUCCAAUUCGGCAAGAAUAAUAAAUGUCUCCUCCUCCCUCGGAUGGCUAAAGAAUAUCUCAAAUGAGAAUGCAAGAAAGGAGCUAGGAGAUGUAGAUGGCCUCACAGAAGAGAAAGUGGACAAUGUGGUGGAAGGGUUCUUAGAAGACAUCAAGGAGAAUCUGAUACAAGUCAAAGUCUGGCCUUCAAAUUAUCCUGCUUAUAUUGUCUCCAAGGCAGCUCUAAAUGCUUACACAAGGGUUCUGGCUAAGAAGUACCUCAAUAUUUCCAUUAACGCAGUUACUCCCGGCCUAGUCAAAACGGAUUUGAAUCGAAAAACCGGGGGCGUGUCUGUUGAAGAAGGAGCUCAAGGUCCUGUCAUGCUGGCUUUGAUGCCAGAAGGUGGACCUUCCGGUCUAUUCUUUUAUAAGACGGAAUUGUCAACCUUUUAACUCAUAUAUAACUGGUACACUACAAUGUAGUUGCUCAUUUCCAUGUCUCAUUUUGU